UGGCCUUUUAGUGUUUCAUAUUGCGCACGGCAUUAUUAUCUUGUUUACUCUAAUUUAUAAAGCGGCACGGCUUUUGAGUUUCAUCUUGCCGCAGCCACCAGAAUGAAGAUUACUAUUGUAAUUGCCUUGGCAGCCUGUUUUUCAAGCGUCUUUGCAGCCUGCCCUACAAUCGUAAGCAGAGCCGAUUGGGGUGCCCGACCACCUUACAGCGUUUCUUACCAGCCUCUGCCAAUUCCGUACGUUGUCAUCCACCACGCCGAGUCUCAAACUUGCAAUGACUUUGACACGUGCGCCGCAAUGGUGCGUGGUUUCCAAGACGAGCACAUGGACGUAAACGGCUGGUCGGACAUUGGCUACAACUUCUUGGUCGGCGAGGACGGCCGAGUGUACGAGGGCAGGGGUUGGCAGGCCAUCGGCUCGCACACACCGGGCUUCAAUAGCUUGAGCAUCGGCGUUUGCUUCAUUGGAACGUUCUCCGCUUACUUGCCAUAUCCCGUUGCUCUUGACGCAGCCAAACUUCUCAACGAAUGCGGCAUUGAGCAAGGCUAUCUGUUCCCUGACUUUGGGCUCAUCGGCCACAGGCAGGCCUUUGUCACCUCUUCUUGCCCUGGAGAUGCUCUCUACAAUGAAAUUACAACCUGGCCUAACUUCGAACCUAACCCUUAAUAAUUUAAAUAUAAUUAUUAAUAAAGUCUGAUCUAUUUCAUGAAACAAUCUAAUAUAAAUUUUUUUAUUGAACUGAAAUUAACCUGGAAUUGUUCCAUAGGAGUUAAGUUUGUAACUUUUUUCUGCAGAAUCUUAACGAAAAGGAAAUAGUUUUGUUCGUAAUUAACUUUCCAAAGAAUAGGAUUGAUUGUUUCUACACAUUGUAGUUGGAAAUGGUGUUUUAUGUCUAUUGUAAAAAUUAAUUUUAAUAAAAUUUGAUUGAGAGAAGAUUU